AUGACGGACACUCUUUUACCAAACGGCCUCAAAGGCAGCGGAGGAGAGAGCACAUACUUCAAAAAGGUCAGUGUGUUUUCUCCUCAGAUCCCUGUGUGACAGGAACAGACGACGGUAUCACUGUUCUCUGCCGGGGAUAGAAAAUAACCUUAGACACUUACUUAUCUCACGAUUAUUGAGAAGCUUUCGUGUGGAGGUACUAUUUUGGUAGUUUUUGAUUUAUAUUUUGACCCUUUCUAAAGCAUUUUAGUUAAUGUGUUGUUUGGCGAUAGGAGAAUAAAAGCAUAAAACAUAGCUUUUAACCAACUGCGUGAUAACCAACUUAUUGGAUAAUACUCUUUUAAAAACUCUAAUCUUAUCAAGUGAAUUUCUCUCAUUUUAGUCCAAAUCUAAUCUUACACACUAAGUUUGAGCUACAUAUACCUGACUGCUUCAAAUGCACAUUUUUUUCAAUGUUUUUUAGGACAAACUUUUCUAAAUAUAUUCCCCAAGAUAACUAUAACAUUAUCUUACUUGAGCAGACUAACAAACGAGUGGUUUUACUUCAACUUCAGUAAAAAGUCAUUGAAGGAGCUGCACUUAUACUCUGACACUCUUUAGGCCUUUGUCUCUUUCUUUGUCGAUCAUAAUGUACAACUAGACAGAAGUUUGAGGUCUCACAAGCUAUAGGUGAGUUAAAAACUAGUGAGGGAAAACUAUUAUUGCUCAAUUAAAGGGGACAAAAUGUUUAAGUUGAAUUUAUGAUGCCUCUUUGAAUAAUGUUGUAAAUACUCUUAAAAAUCUUCAGUCUCUUUAUAAUCAAUCUAUUUGACCCUGAUGUGUCAUCAACAGCAGCACAAAGCACAGCACUGUCGCCUCCAUCUGUCACCAUGUGUGUGUGUUUAUGUGCAUGCUUCACUCCAAAAAUAGCUCUAUCUCCUGAAGGUACUGAUAGUAGGAAAGCCUGAAUGAGCAGUGACCAAACAUCCCAUAAUGAGCAUAAUCAGCUCCCUGCUGUUAUCAGAGUUGUGCUGGUGACAGGGAGUGUUACCCUGGUAAUUUUAGGUUAGAUUAGUCCACUGCACUGGGAUAACUUUGGCCGGGCUGAUUAGCUUCUACUUUUGAACAAGUAAGAAUAGUUAAAAUUUAGCUGAGCUUGUUUUCUCUGUCCUCUUUUAUUAUAUCAUAACAGGGGACUAAUAUGUUUCAGAGAAAACAAAGGCUCUGACCUUUGAGCCCUCUUUUGUUGGACUUUAUCUUCAAGUCACACACAUUGGAUACUCUGAAUAACAGUAUCAACUGAAUGAUUUAAAUGUAAGUGCCAGACUAGCCAAAUUGUUCCUCAGAUAAGAAGGAUCCCCUCUGCUAGUGUUUGUGAUGAAGGAGAGGACUUUUAAUUAUGUGAAUUAGCAUUAGCAUUUAGUCAGGCGGGACUAGGAGAAGAAUAUUUUUAAAAAGUUUUUGCUUCCCUCCACCUGGAAGUGGGUCUGUCAUGAUGCCAGUUUUCCACCUCACCUUAGUUCUGGCUUUACUAAAAACCAUUACUAUAACAACAUUUGUGUGAUAUUUAUGAAGAAAAUUACAAAACAAACACAAUAAAAAGUGUGGAGUGACACAUUACAUAAUGAAUAAAUGAAAUUGAGUCAUUCAUGCGUCAUUAUCUGUUUGAAAUGGUGCUGAGAGUUUUGUUUAUUCUACGUCACCAGCCUUGUGACAGAAACCUCUUCAUAAUGGGGGUUUGUCAUGUUAUGUUGAUAUUUUUAACUGUCUUGUACUUAGGUUGCUUGAUUUCUUGUAUUGGAAGAGCAUGCUUUUAUUUUGAAAUGAAGUAUAUACUGCUUCUGGUAGAUCAUUGGUCGUGGAAUCAAAUGAAAUCAGCUAAAAGUCAAGUUAGAUUGUAUAAAUGUUUCAUGUUUUUGCUCCCCCAAAACAAGCAGAGCCCGUUGACAUGCUCAGUAUCAUCCUGCUAACUUUUGACAGUCAAAUGUAUAAUUUAUUGGAAUAUAUAAAGUGGAAAGUAUAUAUCGUUUAAAGAGGUUUGCGUUUCAUUUAUUGAAAGCACUUAAACAUUUGUUAAUGAAAAAAAAGUAAAAUAGGUUGCUGCCCCCUUUACAAACUAGUCUGUUGUAUCUGUCUGAGAAAAACAGUGACUGAGUGAUAAUCUUGUGUAUUUUACUGAGUUCCCUGUCUACCAUGCUGUGGUCUAUGUGUUAGUGUUCACAUCUGGACUGUUUUUACUGACAAGUUUGUUUUGAUGGGCAUCUGAACAGAGCCUUUGUGCCUCUUAGUCCCUCCGAAUCCCCUUCUGAACGCUGUCUGGAUUUAGGUUUUGUGCUGCACUUCCUGUGUCUAUAAAAAGGUCAGUGGGAGCUGGAGUCUGGCACAGUCACAGGGCAUGAAGGGACACUGCAGAGCCUGGUACUAGGGUUUUAAUACUGCUAAUUUUUUCCGUCUUUCCUUCUCUUUUAUUUCCUUUAUUAAAAGCUAAGGAGCUCAUGCUCUCCUUGCAGAAACCCAGCUCUGUGUAAGGCCGUCUGCACAUUCACUGAAACCACAAUGAGUUCAGUGUUCUCAUUUUGUCAUGUUAGAAGCAUUUGCAAUUUGGAAACUUUCGGGUCAAAUUUUAACCAAGCAGAGCCAAGACCAUCUUUGCCUCCAUGCUUUGUGCCCCACUUUCCCUCUGGGUAAAAAUGAGUUUAAUGAUUUACAAGGCCUCAGUACAAGGCCUUGCUGCGCUCGCAUGAUGCUUCGGGGAGCUUCUGUGGUUCAGGGCUUCCUUCCCAGUGCUCCGUUGUUUCACCUCCAGCUGGAUGACAUCCCACUGGAUGGUUGCAGGAUGGAAAGAUGGCAGGACAAAAAGCCGAAUAGGCAUGUUCCUUCUCCUCAUCCUCCUCGGCCAGCGUGAGCAUUGACGUAGAAUCUGGCCUGAAGCCGUCCUGCAGCCAGACCACAGACACAAAUUGACAACAUGUGUCCUGGUGCACAAAAGCAGACUAGCUCCCCUGAGUUGGAUACUCAUUUAAAUCCAUGAGCAGAGUGUGUUAUGACAGAAAGACAGAUGAGAGACACAACUGUGAUAAAAAUGUUCUUCAUUAUUUACUUUACUUUACUUUUAUUUUAUUUACUGGUGAGAUGUCUUUUUUGGAUUGAAUUGCCAAAGUGAGCCCACUGACCUGGGCUGGAUUUCAGUGUGAAGUCUGUUUCUAACACAAGGUGGUCACAAACAUGGUAUCAGUCAACCCCUACACCAAACCAGUUACAUUAACCAAGUGACCCAUGAGCCACUGCUCCACAUAUUCUCUGUGAAGCCUUAGUUAUGUAACAGCAGAAUUAGUUGGUCUUUGGUCUGAUGGAUAUGAAAAUGGACAGUACGGUCUCUGUGUUUGGUGCUAAUGUUUUUUGUACCCUCAGAGAGAAAGGAGGCACUGUGUGACUUUGCCAGUUAGUCCAAGGGGUUCAGUUCCCCGAGUGGUUCAGUGGGUUAUGCAAAGCAAGAGUGAUGUCACUUGAUGUGACAAAAUGUUGAUGUUAAUCGUCUGGGUCUGAAGUUUAGAGUGCAGAAAUGUGACUUUCCCCCUUUUUAGUGGAAUCAUGUAAUUUCAUUAAAGACUAAAACACUCAGUUUGUAAUUUCAGCAAAAACAAAAGAGUUAGUUCAUGAGCUGUAGCUCUCAAGAUGUAAAAUGUUAGUUUUUUUUAAUAUCUGAUCCUCUAAAAACAACACAGUAACUGCUGAAAUCACAAUGAUCUCCAAUGUUGUAACUUAAUUCUUGUGACAAACAUUGGUUCAAGUCACUAUCUCACGUGUAAUUUGUUGUCAUGGCUACACAAAGAAGGAUGGGUGGGUUGUUAAUGGAAAAGUCUACUAACCUGACUGGUGGAAAUGUGAGAAUGACGUCUCUGUGUGGUCUUGGAAGCUGCACCAAUAUUUACCUUUCUUUGGUUCACCUGGCAGUAAUGGAUGUGCAUACUUCAUGAUAGUUAACUGUUUUCCAACUUUAAUUGUCACUCUCCGACAAACCACCUCAUGUUCAAAUGAAAAAGCAUCUCUUCCUGGUAGGAGAUUGGGGACAUCUUGGGGUCUAAACAGCAGUGGGACACAUUUAUCUGCAUGUAACUCAACAAACUUUAUAACACACAUGAAGCUAUUAGUGAUAUAGAUUUAAUAACUGUGAAUUCUUUGGUGCAGAAACAUUCACAUUAUAUUUAAAAUGCACAUUGUGUUGAUUCUGGUGUUAUUUAAGAUAAGGACUGUUUCUCAUGAUGGUAUGAAGUAAUCAGCUGUUCAGAGUGACACUAAACUUCUGUCACUUGUUAGCUGGUCAGAGUGAAGUCACUCUUCAGGAUCAGGAUCAUGACUCAGGAAUCCAGCAGGAAUUAAAGUUUCAUUUCAAAUUCCACAUCACAAACGGACACAUACCAUACAGCUGUCACUGCCAUGGUAACUAUCAACCACAGGCCACUCCCUUUGUCUUUCACACACACACACACACACACACACACACACACACACACACACACACACACACACACACACACACACACACACACACACACACACACACACACACACACACACACACACACACACCUUCCUCCACUGAUGUAAUGAUGACGUGAUGGUGAGUCCACACCCUCUCUGGUCGUAAACUCAUGUCCUCACCUUGCUUUUACAACAAUAGCUACUGUUGUAUCCAGCCAGGCCACACCCACUGAUUGGUUUCAUAGAGAUCUAUUGUGAAAUUAACAAGGUUUCUGUUCUAUAAAUAGUUAAUCAUUACACUUACAGGUCCCUUUGUACAGGCACACCUUCAUCACUAAAGUUGAGUAAUAGAGAGCAAUAUAAUUUAUAAAAGUUAACCCUAGUAGUUGCUACUGAUGCGUAUGAUGUCAUCUUCCUCCAUAUACGUACCUCUGAUUACUGGUUUUAGUGGUAAUUUCUCUGGAUGAGAGACCGAGCAGUAUGAUUCAGGAGAAGAAAAAAAACAGAAGAAACGCAAGACUACUAAAGCCACACAAAAAUGUCAGUUCACUUGAAUAAUUAAAAAACAACCUUGAGAAUGAGUCAUUCCAACAUUACAGAUAUUUUUGAAGCUCUUUGGGGGGGAUUUCAGAGGUUAAGUUGAGGAGAUUUGGACAGGAACAAGGGGAAUCAGAGAGGGAUGAGAAGUAGUAAAGCUGCUCAAUUCCAGGAUGUGGGUAAUACCUGGUGUGUGUCACUAAACAUGUGGCUACAAAACGCAGACCUCUUCCAUUAUCAGUUACUGAUAUAUUUUGGAGUCUGUUGUUUCUAUUUUUGAAUAUUUUGUAGAAAUUUAUUGUUGAUUUAGUAAACUUGAAAACCAUUAGUAAUAGUGAUUGACUCAUAUUGGUUCUUCAGCAGGUUAUAUACAGAUGCAGAUGAUUGCAGAGCAGGUCAACCAAUGAGCAAUAUAUAACUUUAAUGUCCUUGUUCUUGUUUUCUUCAUUUGAUGAAAUAUAACAAUUUAAUGACAAUAACAGCUAUCACCUCAUGCACAUUAUCGAGGCAAGAAACAUGUUUCAGAUGGAUUUUGAAUUAUUCACCGAGCGAUGCAACGGAUUUCAGAACAUGUUGUGUCCAAGGAAAUACUGAACUUGAUAAAAGACCUCCUAUUAAACACUCCUUAGUAACUGUUAAACCUGAUCUACAUACAUAAAGUGUGUUGUCAUAUAAGGGGGCAUUAACAUUGCUUUCCAGUAGCCACUGCAGCCACACUGAUGAGGCUGCCUGCAGUGUCUGCAGACACAAACACGUCUCAGAAGGGCAGCUGAUGUUGAUUAUUUAAAAAAGCCUGAUUUUUAGGCCUCACCAUUGAAUUGGUUUACCUCUCAUCACAUACCUGUGAAUAGAAGUUGAAGCUGUAGAGGUGUCCAAUCUGUUAUGGACUAUGUGAAGAGAAGACAACCUGAGGAGUCAAUGCAGAAAAAUGUUCACUCAAAGAAAUGCUGUGGUAUUUAUGACUGAAAAUGAACACCCUCAUUCACAAACACAUAAACACACAAUGUUUUGUAGAUAAUUUCAGGAAACUGAGGACGUGACAUUUCAGGAACUAGCCUUCAGCACACGCAGUUCAAAACCUGCUUUCACAACUCAUGAUACUCUGGGAGGUUUAAGUGGCUCAAGGUUAAGGAUUUGUGAGAUGAUGAUGUCCUUUUCUACAUUAAUCAUUGUAACAUGGAGCUGAUAAAGAAGUUUCUACAAUACCAGUGCCAUAAGCCAUGAUCUAACAUCGUCUGAUAGUGUAAGGGGAUGAAUGCAUCUGGGAGGAGACACCAUGCUAACAACGUCCCUCAGGAGGACAGGUUCUAAUUAUCUGAUGAAAGUACUGGUAGGUCUCAGUGCAACAGGAGACACACAGACAUCUUACUGUGGCUGAUGGUGCACUUUAGAGAUUGAGACAGAAUUAGAAACAUAUUCUCUUGAAAAUUUACUUACAAUGUACAGCUCAAGUUAGCUAAGAGAACAACAUCAACCUCAUGAGAGGAGUCCCAAAAAGGAGAGGAAAACAUCUGUUUGUUGAAGUCAGGUUAGACUGAUGUGCAGCCCGUGAGUAAAUCAGGGAAUUUUCUGGAAUUUGGUGCAUGUGUGACAUGGAGCUUAUCUGGAUGUUUUUGGUGUCUUGACUCGGUAAGGGAUUAGUCCUGACCCCUGGCUGAAGCCCUCGUGAAGUGCAGAUGACAGGAACGGUGUGAGCCUCUUGUGUGUUUGGCUCUCCUGGUAAAGCUUCUUGAAGUCAGAUGAAAAAAGGGUCAUGUGUGUGGACUGAUUCAGCUGGCUGUCUGUGUUUCUUCACUUUGAACAUUGGGAGUGGACAUGAUCUUUGCCUCAGGAGAGGAGACAAUGGGAAUUGAAAGUGACCUGCACAACAAACAAACAGAAAAAAGUAAUCUCUACCAAAAAUCCAGUCUGUAUGUUUUCUUACUGAGUUAUUAGAUGACGUUUUUGUCUCUGAGCCAUCAUGCUGUGGAUUUUGUUCACAUUUUUUUUCCGAGUGUAAACUUAACAGUGAGUCAAGUAUUUAAAGACACAUUUUCAAAAAAAACUUUUUUCUUCUCUUUGGUUCAGUUAACUUUUAAAAAAUUCUAUUUCAUAUGAAAGAUCUUCAGCGAUACAGUGUUUUUCAGACAAAAUUUGUCCUCAGACGGGAGUUUUUAGGUUAGAAAAAAAAUCCAAUUCCUGACCCAAUUCAGAUCAGCUGACCAAAUCAAGCCUUGCUAAUUGGGGUCAGCCUGAUUAAAGCUUUUCCGAGAGUGAGUCAUUAUUUCCAACAUGAAUCAGAUUUUAGGAUUAAAGAGAAAAAAGUGAAUGAUAACCGUGUUUCUACAUUGAUGCUCUCUCUUUCUUCCUUUGUCGUGAUCAGGCUUUGAUUGAUUGAUUGAUUGAUUGAGGUUUAUUUUGAACAUAUAUAUAAAAAUAACGAUAAAAAAGUCAAGAAUGCAACAACAAAUGACAAAAAGGCUUAUAAUCUUAACCUAGAUAUUGCUCACAUAGAAACUAAAGCUCACUCAGCUGCUGACCUCUUAGUCAAAUACAUGACCUUAGUGUAAGAGUGUCCAAAGUUACAGGCUGUCAACAAACUGGUUUUACUGAGCGGACUGGUCUCUGUGCUGUACCUGUGAUGGCAACAAAGGCGUGAUCUACAGACACACCUCUGCUGAACUGUGAGUCAGUCUGUGUGAAUGUCUCAGGCCAGUUUAUCUCUGCUGCCGUGAGUGACAGCGUGUUGACUUAGUCAGCCUGUGGUUGUGAUAGCCACAAGGACACACAGGGCAGCCACACACAGGACGUUAGCUGUAAAUAUACAUAAAAGGAGUGUGUGUGUGUGUGUGUGUGUGUGUGUGUGUGUGUGUGUGUGCGUGUGUGUGUGUGUGUGUGUGUGUGUGUGUGUGUGACCAGGACAGAGUGUAAUAAGGUGCAGCUCAGUCACACCCAAUGAAUUAAGCUUUUAUUUUACAAAACCCAAUUCCAUUGAAGUUGAGAAAUUGUGAUAAAUGCAAAUAAAAACAGAAUACAGUGAUUUGCAAAUACUUUUCAACCUAUAUUCGAUUUAAUACACUACAACAACAAGAUAUUUAAUGUUCAAACUCAUAAACUUUAUUUUUCAUGUUUCAUGGCAGCAACACGUGCCAAAGUAGUUGGGAGAGGUGGCAAAAAACACUGAUAAAUUUGAGGAAUGCUCAUCAAACACCUAUUUGGAACAUCCCACAGGUGAGCAGACUAAUUGGGAACAGGUGGGUGCCAUGAUUGGCUAUAAAAGCAGCUUCCCCAAAAAUUCUCAGUCAUUCACAAGCAAGGAUUGGGCGAGGUUCACCACUUUGUGAACAACUGCAUGAGCAAACAGUCGAACAGUUUAAGAACGUUUCUCAAAGUACAAUUGCAAGGAAUUUAAGGAUUUCAACAACUUUAUUGAACAGAUGAUGACGUCAGCCCAGUUGUAGUGAGAGCUUUGUAGAUUGUGAACUUCAGGUUAGUUUUAGUCUCACGCCAGAAAAGUCUAAAUCUCACGCUCUUGUUUUAUCAUUUAAGUGUUUACAAGAUAGACUGUAUAUACUAUGGACAACUUGGUUCCGCCUACCGCCUGUAUACGGAUUUGAAGCCAAAAAGCUCUCGGUAUUUCCAGGAUUUUUCUUCUAUUUUUCCUGAAACCAGCGCUGCGCAGUAGCGAUGCGCGCAUUCAGCCGCGCAGUUGCCGAGAGUCGCUGUGAUGACACUCGGCUCAAACAGCGUGUCCCCCGGGAGAGCUACGCAAUCCCUGAAUGCCCAUAGGCUGUAUCAAGUGUCAAUUAUAGAAAACAUGAACCCCCUAAUAACUUUUAAAAACUGAGCUUCACAGAAAAAAGAGGACUUGAGCACAAACCAGUCUUAAAUUAACUACAUGUCAACAUCACAAGCAGGGGGGAGAAAAAUGUAUGUUCUGCGUAAUAAAUUUCUAAAGUUUGUCCACAGUCCCAUAAGCUUUGCUGGCGGAGGCGGGAUUUAUGACCUAUACUGCAGCCCAUCAACAGAUGGUGCUGUUUUCGGAGUGGCUUCACCCAGCGAGGAGGCAGACUCUGUCCAUUCUUUAUACAGUCUAUGGUCUACAACCAAAGAAUUUGACAAAGACUUGAGAGAAAUGCACAGAGAGACGUCUGUCCUCCAUGACAGGAUCCUCUGCAGGUGGUUUUACAGACCUGAAAUGAUUGUGCUGGUCUAUGGUCUGUAUUUAUCUUCUAGCAGGCCCAUGCUUUUUUCACCUCUGUUGAAGGGCAACCUUUGUCCACACUACCAACUUGUUGACUUGUGCCGUAGUGUUUAUGUAACUGUGUCUGCAUGACAUGGAACAAAAGGCUCGUGUGUGUAAAUCUGAGAUUGGCAGAGGAUCAUGUUGAUCACAGAGGAACAGGCUGAAAUCAUCCGGUUCUGGUCACCAGCUGAUCAGACUGUGAACCUCUUUAAAUGACAGUUUUUGAACAGUGUGAACAAAGACACUCAGAUGUUUGUGGUAUCACACAUCUGAUGGCUAACCUUUAAAAAGCUUAAAAAGAUGGAAAAAGGUUUUUUUUACUACUUAAUUUAUUAAAAUCUAGAGUAUAAUAAUUUAUUUUCUAUUUAUGUUACAUCUUUUAAAAAUCAUUGGUUUACAAAGUGCUUGCAGAGUAAUGAAAAAGACAAAAAGCUUAACAACAGAAAAGCCAACCAUUAAAUAACCCAUCCAGCAUAAGAACCCAACCCCAGGAGAACCAAAGCAGCAUCAUAAUUCAAAUUAACACAGAAGAAAAAACAUGGAGAGGAGACGAGAACCUGGGCAGUAUGUAAACUUAACAGUAUGAACUAAGAGCAAGAGGAUGGUAGAUGUAAGGGAACUUCAAAAUUAUAAUUGUCACAGAAACAGACAGAACUAUCGAUUCUUAAAGCCUUAUUUUGUCAAGCAGGUUGUUCAAAAGUUGAGGGGCUCUGAUUAAAAGAGAACAAUCUCCUUAAGUUUAUAGUUCUUAGCAUUUUAGACACUGAAACCCAUCUUAGCUUUUAAGUGAUCUUUAAAAUCUAAAAACCAAUGUGAAGAUUAACGGGGAGUCAGUGCAGAGAUGCUAAUAUUGUUGACUGUUUGAACCUGAAAGAAGCUUAACUGCUGCCUUUGUGCUAACUGAAGGUGUAAGAUGUAGAAUAAACUCACACGACAUUCUUGAACUGUGUCAAUGCUUCUUGAUGCUUCUGCAGAUUUUUUCCCACAGCUUUUUUUUUUUUUUUUGCUAAUAUGCAUGUUUCUUUUUCUCAGGGUUGUAACCCGUUCGCCCAGACUGGACGGAGCAAACUGCAGAACAAGCGAGCCAGUCUGAACCAGCAGAUCAUCAAACAGAUGAGGAUGAGGGCAGGGGCUGAGAACCUGCUGAAGUAAGAACAAAACCAGUAACUGACUAAUAACAUGUGCUUACAUAACAUACACACAUGUGUCAGCUUCAUUUAGGGAUUUAUGACACUGUGUUCUUUACACGGAAUCACUCCUAAAUUAAAUUUUUAAACAUAGGGUUCAGGAUGAACCAAAACGAUCACACACACGCCACCACAGUUCUGAAUCGGCAUUUGUUAUAUAAGAGGAAACCAAGUUCCUAUCACUCCCUGCUCCUAAAUCAUGCAUUUAUCUUUCAUGUGUCUGAAGCAGCAGACACUUCUGUCACUGUAACAUAUGUGACCUCCAGUAAACUACGGCUGUCUGUCAUUACAUGACUUGAAUUCUUGGUAAAGCUUAAAACUACAAAGGGAACGGGGAGGCUGAUACCAGCUGAUAAGAAUCUGGAUGAGGGGCAUUUUUCUUUGUGCCCUGAAAACAAAGAGCCUCUGUGACAUGUGGUUGAGAGAAAACCUCAAAUGUCAACAUUGCUCAGCCUUUGUCUAUUGAUUAUAGCCUUUAAACUUUCCUGAUGUUUCCUGUAAGGGUUGGAUUGAUCAAUUGGAUGCCAGGGUUCGUCGCAGACAGCUGUCUUUGACCACAAUGAUACUACAUGAAUUAAAAUCCAAUGUCUGGGCCAGACUGUUUUUCCUUUCAUUCAAUUCAGUCUAACAGAUCAGCCGUCGUGUAGACCUUGAUUUUGGAGCAUCUGAUGUUUAAACAUCUUUUUCCAUUACCUGCAGAGAAACAUCAUACUUACAUACAUUAAGCUUUAAAUGUGCAUCAAAGCACUUCUCAGGCAAAAGCAGAGCAGAUGUUACGUAAGGAAUAAUGUGUGGCGAACAUCAUGUAUUUUCAGGGGUUUCUCAUGUCUCAAGCUGAAACACACUGACUCCUCUUCCUUCACUAUGCACAUUAAAAGUAGGUGAAGUUGUGCCAGAUUCCCUUGCUCUGCAUGAGCAUGAUAGUGUCACCAUGUUUUGCCACUUUGACAUGUUUUAGUUACCUGUUGCCUCCCUGUAACUGUUUUGCAUGCACAACUCUCAGAAGAAGUACUAUGGCUUCAAGGUGACUCACCCCUCAGUUGCUCAGCUCCAGAAAACCACAUUAUGUCUGCUCAGUAUGAAGAAAUCUGCUGUUAUGUAACCAGCUAAUUGUAGACCAUUAAGGAUCCUAUGAAGAAUUUUUAACUCGUUGAGAAGCACCAAAACUGAUACUCGUAUGUUUUCAUGCACAGUUAAGUUAAGCUACAGUUAUUGCGUGAUUAGGCAGUUUCAUUGGACCACUGUCCUGGUCCUUGUUUACAUGCACUUGACAAAAGUCCAGUAAUUGACUGAAGCAUGUCAGCUUUAGCUUGGUAGGUGGCGAAUCCCCCUUUUACGGGGAUUCGCCACCUACCAGGGGGAUCAGACCAGACAAUCAACAGCAUGCUGAAAUAAACAGUCUUUUUACUUAUACACUAUAUACAGACAUACAACUCGAGAGACUGAUUUUACCAUUGGAAAACAACAGGGUGAGGUUUGUCUGAAAAUAUGUCUUUCACGUGUUCAGGACAAGGGAGGAGAAAAAUCAGAAGAUAAAUCCACAGCGGGCACCAUAAGUAACACAAGCAGAAAGUUCCUCACAGGAACUUUAAAUUUAAUGGAAACUUCUAUUUUCAUCAUUAUGUCAUGGAUGUCUUCAGUAUUUUUAUGGACAUAAUUGAGUAAUUGUUGCACCCCUGUUUUAUAUAUGUACAGUAUGUAUACUGCAAAAGCACAAAGUUAAGUAGCUCUGAUUCCCCACAAAAAAAAUUCUAUAUGCAUGUUUUUUUACAGUGUCUGCAGCUUGUUUAAGAGCUCUCCAUGACAGUUGAUGUUGUCAACACUCAAAAACAUCAAAUGGGCUGUAGGAAAUAGUGGUCUGAAGAAAUCAGUGAUAACCUGACAUAGCUCACCUGGAGAUUUUAGACAAAUGCAGAUGUUCUGCCCAUGGUCUGACAGGGCUGGUGUCAUGUGAUGUGUGAGUACUAAAUAAAGUUGUCUGAGUACACUUUAGAGGGAGUUUAAGAAGAAAUUGUGGUUCAGUAUCAGGUUUUCAUAUCUGAGGGGUGAAUUUCUGAAUGUCAUUGGAGUAAAAUUUGUCCUAAGGAAAAGAGUAGGUCUUAUAUAACAAAGCUGUAGUUUUUCAUUGUUUGUUUAAAUCCCUGCCUGAGUCCAUGUUGUGACAGGUGAGUUUGAUGUUUUUCCCUGAAGAUCUUUGAAAUGCUCUCCCCAAACCUGUUACACUGGAAAAAAGUUUUUAAGUAGCUCGCUGCCUGGUAAGACAAAAAUAGUCACUAAAGCUUUUGAGCUUUAAAGUCAUCUCUUAAUUGUAGUUAGUUUGAGGAAAUCUUACACGCCUAUGAGUCUUUUUGUGGAAAGUAUGGAUUAAAAAUUUCCAGGGUUGAACCAACAUCUGUCAGACAUACUGUAAACAAAAAGCUCGAAAAAUAGUGUUUAUGGCAGGCCCACUGAACUGGUUUGCACAAGGUUAUACAAAUCCUCCUGUUACUGUGUUUACCUUCUAUUCAGCAGGGAUGAUGGUGUUUCUUAAACAGUCAGGAUAGUCUGGAGUUCAGUGGACUUCAGGUCAAAUGAUGGACUAUUUAAUGUUAGGGUUACCUUAAUCUAAAACAAUGAGAUUUCUGAGUCUGCUCUUUUUUGAUAUGUGCUCAGAGUAGUCUAGAAUGAGAGGAUAUUGCUGUCUGUGUGUGUCUGACUGUGUGUGUGUGAGACUCUGCUCAAGUGUAUGUUUUCACAAAGCUGGUGUAUGCUGCGGGACCAGCUUCAGGAGCCCCCACAUUCCUGCAGUUCUUCACAUAGUCUGUCUGCCCAGCCAAGGCCAGGGGCAAUGGACUGUGUGUGUGUGUGUGUGUGUGUGUGUGUGUGUGUGUGUGUGUGUGUGUGUGUGUGUGUGUGUGUGUGUGUGUGUGUGUGUGUGUGUGUGUGUGUGUGUGUGUGUGUGUGCCAGCCCAGCUGCAGCACAGAGAGCAGCCUGGAUGCGUUUUUGAGUUCCGGGUAUGCUCUCAGCUUUAUUUUAAGGCUAUCAAACACAUAUGGCCUGAAUGUAGAUCUACCUGUGAUCUUCCAUCUGUGUUUAGGGUUCAGUGUGCAUGACACGGUUGCCACGGUUACGCUUCAUGCUUGAAAAUUCAGCUGAAAUGUACAUGUCAAAGAUGGAUUGGAUGUUUGCUUGUGCUAAAGUAUGGCUCUGUUUCAUAGAGCAUGAUAGAGAGUAGCAGCAAACAGAGAUUGCGUAAAGAGAAUUUGUUUUGAGUCAUUGUGAUCCAUGACAAAGAAACACUACUUUGUUUUUCUGUGUGUGUGUGUGUGUGUGUGUGUGUGUCUUUUUUUGCAUUUACUGCUAUCAAUUUCAGAGCCUCACCUCUGAUUCUCUCCUGUUCUGCAUUCUUGUCUCUAUCAGCAACAGGUGGAGUCCGUCUGGUCUGGCCAGUUCUCCUGUCCUCUUUUUUUUCAACUCUUUUUUUUCUUCUCUUCAGACUUUUAUUCUCAUAUCCUUUUCCUUUUGUUUUCGUUGUCUUUUAAUUGCAUUACAGAAAUGUGAAACUCACAGGUAUUUACAAUGCUAUGACUGGACACAGCCUACAAUCAAUUUUAUCUUUAUUUUUUUAGAUCAAAAUGUAGACAAAUCUGGUCAUGAUUCAAUCUGCCAUCUGUGCCUCAGUACUUACUAGGUUUAGGCCAGUGUGUUUUUUUUUUAUUUGACAGCAAACUUCCAGCAGUCUUCCUCAGAAAAGUCCAAUGAUGUUGUUGUGAUUUUGUCAUUCAGCUGAUUUAGAGGUUUGGCCAUCCUAACUAAAGCAGCAGGACAACCAUGCCCCUGUUGUCUGAUAGUCUCCGGACAGCAUCCCAGGUUUGUGAAAGCAAGUGGGCCUCCUCAUCUCAGCUUAAUGACCUCUGGGCUGGCUACCUGAUGUCCUCUGCCUCUCUAAUCCAGCUUUGGUAUCUAUUGCUCUCUUAGUGGAUGGCCUCGGCCUCCUCACUCAGUCUAUGAUGUGGUUUCUUCUCUUGUAGUGGUCUGAGAUGGCUGAUUAUCAGUUCUCUCGGUCUGCUUCUUCUGUGCUCGUAUCUCAAACAUUCUGCCUGUUUUGCUGAUGUUUGUUUUUAAUACCAAGAAUUCAUCUCGUCAUUCUGGUGUCCUCUUGUAAAGGCAAUGAUGUUUAAUCUGCCAGCUGACAAAGAAUAACAAUCUAUUGGAUCCCGUAUUUUCCGUCAUAUACCUGGACUUUAGGGUCUUAACUUUGACUGAUAGAGUAAUUUCUCAACCUGAGGGUUGGGGGUUCAAUCUCAGGUCCUUCCCAAAGCGGUGUGUUGAUGGGAUUAAUUCAAACUGAUGGUGCCUUACAUAGCGGCUCCUGUCAUCAGUGUGUGAAUGUGGUGUGAAUGGGUGAAGGUACCACAUUAUGUAAAAGCACUUUCAGUUGUGAGAAGAUGAAAGAAAUACCCUCCUCCCUGGUGUUAUUCACAGAUCACUGGCCAUGUUAGACCUCUCUAUCUCCUGAAUGUCAGUUUCUUUCAACCUCACACCUUCAGUUUGUGAACAACAGCAAAGCAAAGGCAACUUUAAAAGUGGUAUCGGGGUAAACUAAACUUGGGUUUAGUAGUUUUAGCUUUUCAAGUACACAGUUUUCCUCAGGAACUGAUCCUGCAACCAGUGUGACAGGGACUGUAGCUAUUGUACAUGAGGCUGGUGGUUAAACCGCUAGACUAACGGUGCUUCAGGUUUAUUUUACUCUAAAUGGGUAAAACGCUGAAGUUAUUUUGUAAUUAAAAAAUAAUAAUAAUAGUGGAAAGCACCUUUAAAGUUUGCUCUUGGCGAGUUAUCGUAUCCCUCUGCUAUAAAGCUAAAAUCAGAGUCAGUACCUGUUCUUUCUUCUCUGAGGAACAGAAAACAAACUGUCAGCCUGCCAAAGAAAUCGAGUUAGCCUCCUUAGAAAAAAGGAGAGGGAAACUUCAGUGAAACCACACACUCUGUUUUUACAGUCUGAUUCUCACGCUCAGUGGGACCCUAUUAGAUAUUAAAUUGGAUAUUAAUAACAGGCUUUGGGGCUCUCGGGCUGGCAUCUACCCUGGCCAAACCACAGCACCUCCACCCCUCCUCCCUGAUAGUUUCCACAGACCUUUUCAGAAACCGGCCAGCAGGCUGGAGGGAAGUCAUCAUGUGGUGUUGGUGCUAAGAAGGGGUUGACAAACCAAUUUGUUGCAUGCAGAGACAAAGGAGAGUGAACCAGUUCAGGGGUGAAAACUGCUCCACUGUGUUAGAAUAAAUUGUUUUUGUAGCUUUUGGAGUUUGAGGACAUGCUUGACUUUGUGCAAGAUCAUUAUGUUAUAUAUAACUAUGGAGCAUGUGCAGGAAACUUACACCAGUUUGGGGCUGAUUUGGGUGUAUGCGUAUUUGCAAUAUAUUAUCAUCAAUUCAUCAUUGUUUAAUUGCAUGUUACGAGUUUCUGGUUCUAGCUGUAGUUUGUACUUUUGCAUUAAACUUGCACAGAGAGCAGUAUACAAAUGUGAGGAGUUUAUGUCAUACUGGCUAAACUUUGAGUGAAAACAUCCUGGAAACUGAUCUAUAGGACAGAUUGGAAACCUUGCUUAUGGUGAUCACAACUGCUGAGUUACUUACAAUUACUAAUGCUCUGUUAGUUCUUUUUUUAAAGAAACUUUGUUGAGGUUGUUGCCUUCAAGGAAACCUUGUUCUGAGGUGUAAAUAUGUAAACAAUAAGAUUGAAAUGGAACACAUUUUCGUUACGACAUUGUUGGUUUAGGCCUGAAGCAUCUAUAAGGACCUUCAUUUUGAUUUUUGUGACCUGUGUGGACUCAAAUAGCCAAGUAAUCACCCAUCGUGAGUCUCUAAUGUAUAAAUAUUAAAGACAGAUGUUUCUGUAGCAUGCUCCAAAAAUUUGUUUUAUUACCUGCUAAAAACUCCUCUCUGGAACUUUAAUGUGUCUAAGUGUUUCCCUCUCAGCCCUCUAACCUGCCCCUGAACUUUUUUUUUUUAAAUGUCUGUCUGUCUGUCUGUCUGCCAGCUCUUCUUCACGUCUCACCUGUCUUGUUAAAAUCACAUCCUCUGUAAUUACAGGGUAAAGGGCGAUCAAGUGACAGGGGUGCAGCUUAUACUGACAGCUGUGAAAUCUAUAGAGCCAUCUCUGAAGUUUGGGGAGGGUGUGUGUAUGUAGGUGAGGGUUUGUCUCAGAUUAGUUACUAUUGAACUGUUAAGUAUCACAGUCCACCGUGAAAACUGAGGAAAGGAUGAUACAAACCAGUGAGAUUCGUGCCUUUGUUUUGGCAUUGCCUUGUUUUACAAUAGAUUAAUGUGAAUGGCAGUUUUUGUUUUCACUGACUGUCAAUGCAACAUAAAUCCUGCUUUUCAGAGGCCUCAGUCACUUUGUAUCAGCCUGUUGACACACACACACACCCCACAGAGGAAUUAUUACAACCUUAUCUCAGCUGUGCAGAGAGCCCUCAACUCUUUUGUGCAAAUAUAUACACAGUGCAAAAAUGGAAUCCUCCCAGAAUCACCUUUUUGUUUAAUCGCGUGUCUGAGUAUUUAUUAUUUCUUAAAUGCACAAACAGAGUCAAUGAAAAAAUUCAGAUAAAGGUGACAGACAUGCAUCUAUACAUAUUGAUGAUUUUCAUAUGGAAAUAUAUUGCUGGGGUUACUGGGACUGCAACUGUGGUACAUGCAUGGUGUUGGAGAGUAAAUCAAGCUCAGCAGGACAGAGCGACACAAGUCUGUGGUCUUAAAUAUCCGCUUGUUUUAACAAUCAGCCGAAGGAAACUUCGGCUACGUCAGAGGAGCUAGCUGAUAAGACUUUUUUUUUAAAACCUUUUUUUCUUCUUUUUGCAGGGCUUCAUCCAACAACAAGGUGAAAGAGAUGGUUCUGCUAGAGCUAAGCUAUGUCAACUCCAACCUGCAACUGCUGAUGGGACAGUUGGAGGGACUCAACAGCUCAGUGGAGGUCUACCAGAGUACCCAGUGAGUACAAUCAUCUCUGCUUCUGCUUUUACUUUGACUUACUUAUUUUUAUAAUAUGGUAAUUACUGCUUAGAGACAGGCAUUACCAUGAAACAUUAAAACAAAGAGAAAAUGUGAGAGUGCAGCAGCAUUGCUGUAUUUACAUGCUUAUGAAGCACAUCAGUGAAAACAUAUAAUCAGAGAAAGAAAUAAUAGGUUCACAGCAGCUGAUCUUGUGAUGCUCUGUUUCUUUGGGCACCUUUUCUGCACAAACACCCGACAGGUUCAGCUGAUGGUUCACAUUUUAGAUCACUCAAAGAUUUUCAGCUCACUGAGAGGUUUCCUGUGUUACUUACUGAUUUAUUAUUAAAAUAAAACAUCUUAAAAAACAAAAAAAUUGAAAAAGUUUUAACCCACAUUCUGACAAAAAUUCAAGGCACUUUGUUUUAACCUCAGCUGUUACAAAAACAGUCUUUUAAAAAAUGACACAUUGAUAUCGUGCUUAAACUAAACAUACAGUAAUGCCGUGAGUUUAUGAGUUUGGGUUCUUUAUGUUACUUUCCACAUAUUCUAAAACAGAGGAGAAAAAAUGAAACAGCAGCUGCUAGCAAGCUAGCUUUAACUAAGCUAGCCCUCUGAGAUAUGAUUUAACUAACAUUUAAAGAUUUAUUAUAAACCCAGAAAUAAAAUUCUCAAUUCAUAUAACUGUAUGUGUGUAGGUCUGCAACUUGUAAUCUACCAAACGUUGAAUACCGUGAAAUAAAAGGCAUGGUUUACAAUGCAGGAAAUUAAGCAACCUUGACACAGACAGAAAAAUAUCAACAUGAAAGCAUGAAAGAUGAUUGUUUAAUGAGGCAAUGUCCUCUUCAAAUAAACUUUGGUUUAGGAUUUAUCGAUAAAUCAUAAAUUAAAAGUAAGUAGCGGCUAUUUAUAAAUUUUAUGUAGUAAUGUGAUGCUUCACCCUUGUCUUGCCUUUCCUCACCAUAUCAUAAAUAUCACAAUAAUAAUCACACAGAAACUAGGUGAUAAAAAAAUUCAUGGGACUAAAUUUAAGAGGGUUGUUUAAGAUCAGGUUUUUCCUGUAAUUCAUAACCAUAUGUAUAUCAAUCAAUAAAGCACGCCGAUCAAACUAAGAAGCACUCCUUCCUUCCUUUGCAUCUUUGAAAUCUCAUCCUAUGUAAGGUUUUCAAAACCAGACUGUUCACAAAGAUAAUCCCUCAGAGCUGAAAAACAUCAGUUUGUAUUUUUCUAAGAGUUAAAAUGACAGUCUUGAUUGGCAGUCUGAUCUGGCUCUGACAGUCAUCAUGCUCUGUCAGAUGACAAACAACUGAUGACAGGCGAUAAGCAGAGAGUUUGAUAGAUGGAGACUGAGGAAAACAUGAAGACUGAGCGUUAGAUUAAGCUGCUAAACUGGACGAGCUGGUUUCUGGGACACAAUACUCAGAGCGACAAGGAAACAAGGAGGCAAACUUUUAUGCAAACUGAGAUAAGCAGCGAGCACAAAGCUCCUCUCAGUCGGUCUGAUGAUGAUGGGGUGUGGAUGGGUGUGUAAUGCUGAUAGUUCUGGUGUUUUCUUUCUUCAAACAUCAGCCAGGUUUAUUGGGUGCGGACAGAAUUGCAUGUGUGUCAUGGGAUUCAUGCGUUGUCUUUGUCACGUGUCAUUUAAGCUUUAUGUACAUUCACGGUGUGAAGGAUUUAUGACAGUUCAAAAACAGUGACAGGUUGUUGAAAAUGAUCACCUUUGUAUGCUGGAAAAUAAUGGCUUUCCAAUAAAUUUCUGUGUCAUGACCAAAGACUGUAUAUAGGAUGGACACCGUCUGCCUCCUCACUGGGUGAAGCCACCCCGAGAACAGCACCCUCUAACGAUGGUAUAGGUCAUAAAUGCCGCCUCCUCCAGCACUCCCUAUGGAGCUGUGGACAAACUUUAGAAAUUAAUUACACAGAACAUACAUUUUUCUCCCCCCUGCUUGUGAUGUUGAUAUGUAGUUACUGUAAGACUGGUUUGUGUUCAAGUCCUCUUUUUUCUGUGCAGCUCCGUUUUUAAAAGUUAUUCGGGGGUUCAUGUUUUCUAUGAUUGACACUUGAUACAGCCUAUGGGCAUACAAAGAUUGCAUAGCUCAGCCGAGGGAUACGCUAUUUGAGCUGAGUGUUAUCACAACGACUCUCCCGCUGAAUGCUACAACACUACUGUGCAAUGUUAGUUUCAGGAAAUCGAGAAAAAACGCAGAAUUACUGGGAGCUUUUUGGCGUCAAAUCCGUAUAAUGAUGGAAGGUGGAGCCAAGUCGUCCAUAGUAUAUACAGUCUACGGUCAUGACAUGAUAUAGGGUAUACUAACAAAUUGCACUUAUUUUCAAGGAUUCAUUUUUAUUUAUGUCUUUUCUGGCUUUCUGUCUGUAUUCAGAGAUAAAAGGGAGAGAGGGUUCAGGCUUGUGUGGUACUAGAUUUCUACUCCAGCAUCACAGAUGGUAACUGGCAGCAUUUAUUUAAGCUGCUUUCACACUGGAUCCACCACCACUGAGACUAAACACAUGCAGAACUAUAUGAACACAGUUUGUCUUUCAAAUGUGAUCAUGAAAAAGUAAAGAAAAUUAAUUUGGCUAACUUCAGAGCAAGUAACAAAGACAUUUAUUCUAAUGUAGUCAAGUCAAAAGUAUAUUUGUGUGAAUAAAAGUAAGACGUUUCCCCUAAAAUGAGAGUAAAGUCAAAUGGAGAUGCAGACAAAUUUGUACCUCGUAUUGAAGUAAUUAAACUUCAUCACUACCUACAAGUAAACAUCACCAUUGCUUCUCAAAUUGUUCCUCUAUUCCUUUCUCUGAAGGCAGGUCAGAGAAAGAAGGACUUCACCAUUCAAUCUGUUUGUUACACCUAGACCUAAACAGCUGUCUAAUGAAAUGGAAAUUGAAAAGCACUCAUCUGAGGUUUGUGUGGUCCAGCAAAUUUCAGAGUACUUGGAGGUUCUUAGGUUUGGGUUCGUCUGCUUCCUGGUGGCUCUUCUUGUAAAGAGCACUCAACUCUCCAUCAACCAUCUGCUUAAUUCCACAAAGAAAAGCACUAACACCUUUUACUACACUGGCUAACUAUGCACCAAUCUGCAAUAUACAUUAAAAACACAGUUGUACACGUGAAGCACAUAUUUUUUCACACAUUUUAAUCACUUUGAUAUUUGCACAAAUAUGUGGCAGAGAAUUGUAAUGAUGGUCUGACAGAGAAGCUUCAACACACAAACACACUUCUGUCAGGUUGCUCAUGACAACAAACCACAACAGACCGCUGAAGAGAUGAGAAGGGUGGGGGGGGGUUGAGUGACCAAGGUAACGGUUCUGAGGAUCAUUGAUGAAAACCUUUUGUCUUUUUUUCUGGUUGCUCCUGGUUGCUACUACUCAUUUCUGAUGAUAAACAGAGUUCAAUCUGCUCCUGAUUCUAAAACCCAAAAUACCAGCCGUCAUGGCACACCCAGUGUAGUUUGUUUUGUUACAAGAUGUCAGUGCUGUGAGAAGCCAGAAUUGUUGACCUGGUUUUAAAAAUCAUGUUUGUAGACAGACACUCCCAGUGUGAGCUGGUAAAAGAAAGACAGGUUUUAACUGUCAGGAAAUCUGAAAGAAUCUUCCUAAACUUGCUUUGUCUUUCUGUCAGGGACUGUGUGCAAAGAAAUAACAUACAAAGCUUUGGUGCUGGUGAAAAAUUUGCACACCAACGUCAGAAAAAAAUUCAAGAUCAAGUAUACUUUAAAGACCCUGAAGGAACCUUGGGUCUGUACUCUGUACUGCAGUAAAAAGAGACAAAGGAAAUUGGCCUAUAUCAGUGAUAUUACAGUGUAUAUUAUCAAAAACAGACACUUCAAGGUUGUAAGAUGCAGUCUGCAAACAGAAGGUUGGUCAUUGUGAAGGCAGAGGGGACGCGACAGUGUCAAUGUAGCAGCAGCAAUAACAAUGGAAGAUAGUUUUAAGGACAAGCUGUUACAGCAUGUCUGCAAUUAGCCAUGCCUGUAUGAUGUGUCACUGUCACUGCACAGCAACUGACUUAUCUGUUCGAAUAGCUGGUGACAGAUUACUCCUGCAGCUCCUAUAUGGAAACCUGCAAAAAUGAUUGUUAACAAGCUUAUGUGGCCUGUGCACUGAGGACAAUGUCUGUGAAUCACAGCAGAGCCUGGUCAAGAGUGUAUUAUGUCCACCAGUCAUCAGUCAUCUGAGGAAGCCUGGCUGAGGAAACAUGUCAGCUGCAGGGACUCUGGCAUCAAUUUGAUAUCAGAAUAAUUGAAGUCAUGGAAACCAUUUCUAGUGCACAUAGUGUUAAGUUAUCACAUAUGGCCUUAGCUCUCUGGUGUGCCCUCUAGUAACAUUUGUAGUGCCUAGCCAAGUAUGCAAACUAGUAUGUUUGACACAGUUCUUCAUUACUCACUAAGAUUUAUUACUAGUGAUCAUUAACAUUCCCAUCACUACAUCCUGCACAAAAAGUUGGCUGGCCCUCUUUCUCUUAGAGACUUGAUGUGUGUAUCUGUUUUUUAAUUCUUUAACAUGUCGGUCUCAAAUAUGUUUAUGGGUUAGUCUGACUGGAACUGGACUUUUAAGAUGCUCCAAGUCGAAAUUUUUAUAGUCAAACAUUCCUAUAUGGUGCGUUAGGAGAUCGAUUUUCUCUUGCAUGUAUACAGCUCAGUCAGACUCAAACUACCCAACAGAUGCCUCUUUGGGCCCUGAGUGUCCUUUGUCACGUGCCAUUAGACUGACUCUAGUGUGGAGCAAUAAAACACCUGCUCUCUGCCCCAUCCUUGGACAAAGACCAUGCUGUGAAACUACCAUCACCUGUCUCCUCUUAUGUUUCUAAAUACCUGAAAAGUCCAAAGUGUUCACAUCAUCAGAAAAAAGCCACACAUCCAGCUGUAUAGGAUACAUAAGUGAGGGAAUAUCAGAUAUGUUGGGAAAGUCCUCCUCUGUCGUUUCUGAGCAGGUGUCUCAGCGCAGUUACGCUGCACAGCCACAAUAGAGAGUUAUCGUCUUCUUUUUCCUCCUCUUCCUCUCAGCCUGAAAUACAACCUCAGCAUUCACAAAGAAAACAAAAACACUGUACUCGUCUUUCUAGGCUUUUCCCACCGGUCCACUGUCUCCUGAAUAGCUUCUUUCUGUUGUUAUUUCUCACUCAGACCAGAUUCAGCUGGUUUUGGUGUGAGGUAAUGCUUAACUGAGAGCACAUAUGUGAAUAGUACAAUACAUGUGCAUGACAUGUUAGAGUGACAUCACAGCCCAGGAACAAGUGCUGUUUUUUGAUGCCCUUGUUAGAUACCGUAGUACAUACAGCCAGAUUGAUUAGCACAUAGAGUCAAACUGUGAGCAUGUUUUUUUUUCACACUCUGUUUCUCUCACAGGACAGUAAAUAUAGUGAAUGUUUGUUCAGUUUCUCUGUGUACUGUCCUUGAUUUGGUGUAACAAGCUGAACUUUCUCAGAGACCUCCUGAAUCCAGCUGAUAGAUACAUUGAGAUAUGAACAGCAGCUACUUUAGGCUAUGUUGAUAAGGUUGCUUUACAGAUUAGAGAGAGAUGAACAGUUUGCACUUCAAGACAGUCAAGUAACCCACUCAUCAGAGCUUGCCCUACUUUGAAUAAUCCCAUAGUAACUGGUUCAUUUUUCUGAUGCUACAGGACAUAUCACAAGAAAAAGAAGUAUGGGAUUACAUUUCCACACACACUGUGUGGAAAAGAUCCCAGUGGAAUUUACUUCAACUUUUUGGGGGGAGCAAACAAUGUGUUUUGCCUGUAGCUUCUUCAGGUUGGCCCUGCUGGGCUGAAUAAAAAGCAUUUUGGCUGUCCAGUUUAAACUACAGUUCAGUUAAGGUUUGGAUCUGUUCCAUGUCCUGCACACUAGCACUUACAAGACUGUUUUAGAGGUGUGUGUGUGUGUGUGUGUGUGUGUGUGUGUGUGUGUGUGUGUGUGUGUGUGUGUGUGUGUGUGUGUGUGUGUGUGUGUGUGAGGGGAGGUGGGUUGAGCUUCUGAGAGGCUUUAACUUUCCUACCCCCCCCCCCCCCACACACACACACACACACACACACACACACUUUCAGUAGAAAAGACCUCAGAGUGAUCUCAUCUCAUCUCUGAGUACUAAUGGAUCCCUGCAGCCUCUCUCAGGCUCUGUGGCUGCUGCUGCUGCUGAUGAUGAAUGAGGGUUUGUUUGAUUCACAGAGCUGGAGACCGGAGGAAUGCUGCCUUAUCAUCCUGUGAUGAAUGAGUGUGAAGAGGUCUUUUUCUCCCCAUGCUUCAGGAUUUUGGAUGUUUGUUUCAGUGAACAGACUGUUCUGCGUCUCUGAUCCCUCUGACGGCAGGAGUCCUAAUUAAACAUGAUUGUGAAAAUAAUGGCACAAUAGAUGGUUGAUGUUAUCAAUGAGCAGACCUGUUGCCCUCAUUUGCUGUUAGUUGAAUAACUUAAAUGCCACUCAAAUCCAGAGGCAUCACACACUUGUUUUUAAAAGCUUUGUUUAUUCGGCAACACCUCAUUCCCCUGCUGCAGGAAGGGGAGGGUUUGGUUUUUUAUAGACUCUGUCUGAUCAGCAGCAGGUAUCGGUUGUAUUUCCUCAGAGCUGAUAACAAGCUGAACCUGUUUUCCAUCUGUCAGCAGAGGGGUCCCCCAGGUUCAUACAGUGCAGAAAACCAUUAAAGCCAAAGCUGAGAUCUGAGGAGAGGGCUAACCUGGGGGUUUAUGGCAGCCUUUGUUUACUGUUUGGGGGUUCAAUUAGUGUUAGCAGGAAUGUAGCAGAGACAUUAAUCAUCAGAGGGUUUGGUAGCUUUACUGUUGAAGGAAAGGUGGGGGGCUGCCUGUAAAUCCUCACUCCUACAGUGUGCUCUCUCAGCACCAUCUGUCUAAUCCAAAACUCCCCCUCAAUGAAACUAUGCUCAAGGUUAAGUCAAGGUUAACGGAUUAAAGUCUGAACUUUCUCAAAUGAUAAAGCUUUUACACCAGUGAGAUCAAACUGGUUUGUGUUAUUAUUAAUGAGUUAAUGUUACCCUCUGCUUGUGACCUGAAACCGCUCACCUCACAUGAUUUGUAGUGAGAGGGAGUUUCUUGAUGUAAUUUUUUUUCAUCUCGAACCACACCUCUGAGCCUGCUCUACUUCAAUAUUAACCUGUCAAAAGCAUCAGUGGACUGUACAUGGAAAGAUUUAUUUUAAUUUUAGCUAUUUCUGGUGGUUUUUGCACUAACUUUGGUGGGACAGCUUGAGAGAGUCAGGAGUUGUGGAGAAAGAGAGUGGAGAGUAGCCAGGCCUGGGAAUCGAUCCUAUGACAAGUAUGAGAUCAAUUGUAGCCUCUCUUCAUGGGGCGCCUGCCCACAGCUGAGCUAAAUCAGAGUAAUUAAAUCUGGAAAUGUAUUUAGUCUUGGUACUCUCAGCAAUCGUUACUCUUGUGUAACUAUGUAGCGAGCCUGAACUAAUUUCUGAUGCGUCCAUAAAGCAGCCAUAGUGACUUAAACUGGUGACCUAAAUGCCAUGUUACUACACUACAAUAUAACAAAGUCUCAAACCGAAGCCAAGAGGUUAGAGGCACCAGUAUCCUUGAAUUCAGAAAAGCUCUGAAUUUGAAGGGAAACUGAGUCCUUGUAUCCUAUAUGAGCUCAGGUAGCAAGUGUAGCUGAAGUGUUGUUAAUGUCAUGAAAUUGCAAGCACUUAUUUGCAGGUAUUGUUUUAUUUGUUGGUUUCACAUAAUGCGUGACCACCUUAGGAACUUCCUUGGGGCUGUAUGCCUGACUAGCUUUUUUUAACUGAAGUUCAUUAUCUAUGCAACAAUGUCGGCUUUAUUUAUAUAGCACAUUUAAAACAGCCAGUGGCUUACCAAAGUGCUUUACAGUAAAAUAGGCAGAGACAGUAAAAAAAACAAUAAAAGCUAUAAAAACAAUAAAAUGAUAAUACAUAUAAAAACAUAAAACUACAAUGCAGAUAAACAACAGUCCUACAGAUGGUGUCCAUAACAGAAAAGGUCAAAUAUUUUAUACCUAUAGAUUAGCGAAUACUGUAAAACAUCAAACUGAUACUCUUCUAUUUUCUUAAGAAAAGCUCAUAAUAAGCUCUUUCUUUCUGUCUUUGCUUUUCUUCCAGAGAAACAACAAACAUCCCCCUCAUUGCUCUGGGUCUGAAGGAGACCAAAGAAGUUGACUUCUCCUCUUUUUUCAAGGUACAGACACUACAUUUACUAUUUCAGCAUACAGGUAAAGGGAACAUAGCUUCAAUAAAUGUGAUUUUCAUGAUUCAUUAAUGAACAUUAAGUUACACUUUGACAGUGUGUAUGCUAAUAACACCCCUUAGAUAACAUUUCUAUACACUUGAAAUGCAGGUAUAUUAAUCCUACUCACUGAACAGAGUUACUGCACAAUGACUCCUCUGUGCUGGUAGUGCACAUUUACAUGUAUAAACUCUGACAUUGUAUUGGUUAUUUUUAUAUUGAAGGUUUUAAAUACAUGCUUACAUUUGUACAAGACUUCAUAACAUUAUAUGUUGGACCAUGCAUGUGUACCUUUCACUUUUAAAUAUAGACUCUCUAAGCCUGUAUGAGUGGCAGAAGACAUCUCUUAAACUUUGUUUUUAUAUUAAAGAUAUCCCUGAUGUUUUUUUCUUGUAAUAGUUUUAAUUUUUCUGGUUUUCCAUUUUCUUUGACAACCUGCUGCUACAUCACAAUCAUUUCUGUGCUAUCAAAUUCAAAUGAAAAGCUUUACUGAAUCUUUGUGAAGGUAAGUUAACUAUAACAGAGUGAAGAUAUCAAGUUUGAGUGAGUGAUGUCUUUAAACAGGUCAGAUCUUGUUGUUCAGAUGCUGACACUCCUUCUUCUCACCAGUCAUCACCAGUUAAACAAACUGUCAUUUACUCUUUAUUUAAAGGGGAAGGUAAAUGUGAGCAUAAAUAUGGACUGGAUGAACAGGAAACAGCAACGUUUAUCUGGAAGCUUCCAAGCAUGAACAUGAAAACAGAUAUAUUCAGAUUAAGAUGGAUUUAUACAGCGAGUUUGACCCAGAUUGGCCAACUUUGUUAUUUAAAAGGAUUGAACUGCAGUAACAGUGAAGUGCCCUUUCACUGACUAUUUGGGUCAUGUUAGUUGCACACCUGCUGCUGCUGCACUACAUUUGCUAUUAAUUCAUUCAGAAAGAAUUCAUCACCUGGCACUAAAAGUGAUUGGUAUCAUUUUCAAAGUGGGUCAUAGUCAGGCCUGUAAGCCUUAUCACGCAGCUCCUUCUUUUACAUGAGAACCUCGUAAAUAUCUUGAUGGCAUAUUUACAGUCGGCUGUAUCCUGUUCUGGUCUGCUGGCAGGUUUUGUGAGAGAGAGGUGGAUCUCUGAGCAGUUUCAAUGCAGGUCUACUUAUUGACUGAUAGUAUACUCUCAAUUUAAUAAUCUGGCCGCUCUCACCUGCCUUCUUAGUAUUUCACACUGAAAAAUGACUCGUCCAGGUGACAUAGUUGGAAUAGAGGCCGUUUUGUAUCUGAAAAGUCAAUAAUUUAAUUUCCAGAGAGCUCAACAACUAUCAGAAUAAAGAUUUUCAUGUUGAUAUGUGUUUUUCUCUGUCAGGACUUCAUUUUGGAGCACUACAGUCAAAAUGGGAAUGAUUAUGAGGAUGAGAUUGCUGACCUAAUGGACCUGAGACAGGUAAGAACACUUGAGGCCCAUGACAGUCGUCAUUGUUAACCCCAGUGCUAAUGUUGUGUAAAUAGUGAAUGAACUUGCUCCUGCGUUUGCACUCAUGGGUGUGUUGAUUUGAAAAUGAGGUUUAGAGUCUGAGGUCAGUGGUACUUUAAUUUCCUGCCAUUUACAGGGUGUGUUCAUGGAUUGUACAUAAUGCAAGGAAAGCGGUUUGAUAGGCCAGCUUAAGCUUUGUCUGUGUGAGUAGAAAAUCUGAAAUUUGCUCACACACCUACCUGCAGGAGCACCAGGCUCUUAAUGAGAGGGACCAUAUAAAUUAAAUUAAUAGAUGAUACACCCAAAACACACCUUUGGUUCAUUAAUUGACUUAAUCCAACCUCUGAACAUCCUGCUCUUCCUUUAACACCCAGUGCACCACCUAACUAGCUAAAUGUUUUCAGGAACACCCUAGGUCACUUUGCAUUCGGUGUGCUUCAAUCGUUUCCAGUAGAUCCAGCCCAGUCUGUUAGGCAUCACUUUUUAUGGCCCCUGUGAGGAACUUCUGGUUGGUGAUGAUUUUUGUCCACAGCGCCCCCUAUAGACAAACGAGUACCUCUUAUCUCCUUGCUGUUAUUUUCCUCAAAUUUAAAAGUUGUGUUUUCAGGCAAAAAGCGUUACUGUGCCCCAUGUAGCAGUCAAAUGUAACAACAUCUUACAAUCUACUCACUGAAGGCACUUACCAAAGUCACAUUAAGUUUGAACUGAGAAAAUAGAGGGUGACUCUGAUCCUGUAAAAAUUAGAUAUAAGUAGUUGAACUCUCAGAGCAUAUGCAGAGGUUUGCAAAUGAUGUGAAGCUGCUCCAUGUCUCUGCUUGGAAUGGAGACAAUCCUAGUUUUCCACGGUCACUAACUUAGCUCUCUCUCCUGUUGUCUCUUGCAGGCUUGUAGAACACCGAGUCGAAAUGAGGCCGGAGUGGAACUGCUGGCAAAAUACUUCAGUCAACUUCCUCUGAUGGAGAGCCGGUUCUUCUCCCCAUCCCGCCAGACAGGGAUCUUCUUCACCUGGUACACACAGAUUUGUCACUUUAAUAACUUACUAGCAACAAAGACAGUCUAAAGAGACAUUAGUUUCAUGGACAUGGUGAAUUUUUUAAAUAGUGAUGAAGGGUGAGAUCACAGCACCUACAUCCUCCUGGUCAGAUGAUUGUAAGUCCCUGGGCUCCUCUGUCCAAUGUACAAGAACAGCAAACCUAAAAUAAAUUUGUAUUAUAGUUAAGGAAUCAUUCAGCCCAUAAGUGGUUUAGCCACACACACAGACAACAGGGAACAGUGAAGGCUUUGAGAUUAGUGAAACACCUUAGUGUUCUAUGAUAAAGUGCAGAGCAUGUACGCUCUGAGGGGAUGUGUGUAAACAUCACCAUAGUCCAGCACAGACAGUAAAGAGGCACCAAAUGGUUUGUUUUUGGACUCCAAAGGAGGGCAGGAUUUGUCUACACAAUGAAAACCUGGCUUCAGUUUUAAUCUGAAUCCUGAUGUCUCUCUGCUUUAACUAAAAUCAUUCAUGACAGCUUCUUCUUCUGUCCCUCAGGUAUGACUCAUUCACAGGAGUGCCAGUGUGUCAGCAGAACCUGUCCCUUGAGAAGGCCAGCAUCCUCUUCAACAUGGCCGCCCUCUACUCUCAGAUCGGCACCCGAGGCAACCGACAGACGAUAGCCGGCCUAGAGGAGGCCAUCUCAUCCUUUCAGAAAGCUGCAGGUAGGUAGAGAUGGGAGAUGUAAAAUGCUUUUACUAAAAAACGCCUCCUGAACUUGCAUAGAAAUUACUUUAAAGUGUCUUACAAAACAUUAAAAAUCCUCCUUUUUUAAUCCUGCAACCUGUGGCUUGUUGCAGCGGUCAAAAAUCAAGGUAAUCAUAUAUGGAAAAUUGAUCAAUCUAGGGGUGAAGAUGUUGCCGACUCAAAACAGUCCGUAAAACCCUUCAAACUAUUCCAUCUUUUAGAACGCUCUGCCAUGACAGCAGGUGUUUUAUGGAGUAUGUUACUCUUUAUGUAGAGCUAGUUGUGAAAUUUAAGGUGAAACUCAUGCCUAUGUUUGAACUGUCUCAAUGAGUGCAACCUGUAAAACUUCAUCAUAAAUUAGAAAUUAGGUUCAAGCUCGGCCACAUUUCAAUGUAAGCAGAGCUGGUGCAGCUCAAUGCUGGUCUUUAAAUGAUCAAAUUCACCUGGCUAAAACUAAAAAAAAUAAUGUCAGACAGUUUCUGAGUCUGCUGUGAAAGAAACUGUUCAGAAGUAGAAACUAUGAAACGUAUUCAAAUGAAACAGUGAGACAAAGGCACUGAUAUCAGUAAUGGCAGGGCAGCACCUCUUUCUAAAAGUGGUGUUAUGUAAAACAAGUCAAUUACCUCUUCAGUAUUGACCAAACAGGUAUGGUGUUGGCCUUACAGACAUUUUUCAAUCACUUAAACCAAUAAAACAAAAAGGAUUCACGGCUUAGAAAAAACGCACUGGUACAAAACAGCCGUGGACAUGCCAGCCUCCACCCUCUGACAUCUGACUUCUGCUCCAUGACGGGGAAUGAUGCCGUGCAUGCUCGUCUCUAGUUCCUUGUCAUGUGGCGGCGCUCCAGAGAAGCACUCGUCAGAUGAACUGAUGUUCCUCCUCUCAGAGGUUUGAGGAGGCUCAGACAGGACUUGAUGGAAUUACGACUUGGCAGUGUGAAGAAUAUGGCAGUGUAAUUACAGCUCUGAGAGGGCCCUGGCUUUGCUUUUGCUGCUUUUAUAGUUAUGAUUUAGACUUGUACUAAGAAAAAUAAUUAUGCAGUCAAGAGGAGCACUGUCAUUGGUGUAAGGAGCCUGGUACUGCACCAAACUAGCUGUGCUCGGGCUGCUGCAGUGCCCUUGAGCUUGUAACAAAAACAAAGAAGGUUCAGAGGAUGGGAAGAGACGCAGACAAUGGCAAAGCCUUAAAGGAAGGCAAGCGAUGAUGGUGGUGGUGCUCUGUAAUUAAACUGUCUACAGCUCUAUGCUGCCAAGUCUUGUGUCUGUAGAGGGAGAGGGAGGUGCUGUCAGCUGGAAUGCAGGUGUCUUGUCGUCCACCAACAUGAUAACUGAAUUGAAGCAGGUUGGUGUUUUGGCUCAGUUUUAAAGAAGCACACAGACACUCAUCUCAUCGCUUGACCCAAGUUUUUCUUCUUCACUGGAGCUUGAAAUGAAGGCAACGAACCCAGGAGAGGAAACAACUUUUCUUUAAACUAAGGCCCAGAUACCUCUAGAGGUCGUUUGGAGACCUGCAGGGGUUGUAGGCAAUCCUGUAUCGAACUGUAGGGGAUGAGGUUGUGCAAACAUCCUAAGAUAUGUUUACUCUUUUAUGCUCAAUGAAUUGUAAAACCUUUAUCUGAUAUAAUGUUGAAUCUUUUAAUGAGCAAUAUGAUGACAUGGUGGCAAAAAUAAGUCAUUAUAUAAAGUCAUAUUUAAGCUUAUUGUGUGGAUAAACUGAGAAAAAUCUUUUUUUUUUUUUAAAACAGAAAGGCAGUUGAACUCAGUGAAUGCUGUUGGUUGUAAUUAUUCCCCAUUGGACUUUGAAUUCAAGCUAAACCUCCCAUUCUCCUCAAACAGGUACCCUGAACCACCUGAAAGAGACUUUCACCCACACUCCAAGCUAUGACAUGAGCCCAGCCAUGCUUAGCAUGUUGAUCCGCAUGAUGCUGGCUCAGGCUCAGGAGUGUCUGUUUGAAAAGAUGGCCCUACCUGGGAUCAGAAACCAGUUCUCCUCCCUUAUGAAGAUGGCCCAGGAGGCAGCAAAGGUAAGCAGCAGCACAGAACACACAUGCAGGUGGUACAGGCACAGUUUCCUCCUUAGUCAGCCUUUUUUUUUUUUUUUUUUUUUCCAAUUUUCUCCGUAGCAUUAAAUGCACUGCCAGUAACCAUCCUCUUCUUCCUGCAGGUCUCCGAAAUCUAUGAUCAGGUCCACCAGUCCAUGAUCCAAACACCAAUCAAAGACAAUGUACCGUUUUUCUGGUCCACCAUGUCACAAGUGAAAACCAACCACUAUCGCUCCAUGGCACACUACUUUGUGGCCUCAGCACUCCUGGACCACCAGUGUAAGAAAAUAUUUUUAUUCUUAUUUCUCUGAAUGAAAAACCUUAGACAGAACUCAAACUCCUCACCACAAAAACUAAAACAUUUCACUUGUUCAGUGAAUAUCUAAAAAAGGUGGUAGUCAUCAUCGCUCUCUGAACAUUUGUAUUUGUUUUUAACAGCAUGUAGACGCUACAUCUAGACAAAGACGCUAAAAACUCAUUUAAAAUAAAAUGGUUCAGAUAUAUACAAAGACACCAACCUUUAAAUACUACAAAAACAAUCAGACAAAUAUAAACAUGUUAGAACCGUAUGUUUGAAAUAAUCAGAAAGAAUUAUUGACUGUUCACUUGUUAUUCUGGAUACAAGCUUUCUCUCAUUAAUUGACCUCACUUGUGUUGAGUCACUCUAGUCUUCUGACUACACAAGGUGCUUUGUUCUACAUGUCAGUAUUAACCCUCCACAUGCACACAGUCAAACCUCAUGUGCCAUGCAAACGCAUGCAAAAUAUUUGUCUGCUUCAGUGAAGCUUUACUGUUAAAGCUGGACUCCUUGGUUUGCAGUGUGUAGUAAAUUUACAUGAAACAUGCACCGUCAGCAACAUGCACACCUGAGUUCUUGAGACCAUAGAAAAAGAGGUAUUGUUCACAGACAUAGGGUUACACUAUGUGGCUCAAAAACUGCCUUUUUGCUUUUUUUGCUCUGCUCAAGAUGUUGGAUUAUUUGAGACAAAUUUACCAAACCUGUCCAGUAAAUGUUUAGUAAACAGGGACAUUUUUGCUGCUUCCCAUUUCCAACAGUCCUCACUCACCCUCCAGCUGCACACCUGCUCUUCCAGCUUUACUGGACUGUAGGCCAUAGAGCACUUUGAAAGCAGUAACACACACACACACACACACAUACACACACACACACACACACACACACACACACACACACACACACACACACACACACACACACACACAGACACACAGACAUGCACUGGUUCUGCGAUAAAGACAGGGUCAAUUUUACUGCUAAAAACAUAGAGAGUAAACCUAAAGACAGGGGUAGUGAAAAUGAGAAUCUUGCUUUAUUGCCUCAAUUGCUUCAGUUCUUUUGUCAUCAUGUUUGCUUGAAAGAAAUUUUCCGGUACGAUCAAAAUGUUGUUCUGGUCCCAUAUUUCAAACCAAGAGCCAAAUGAAACAAAACACUGUGGAUUGAAGCUUCACAGUACUGUACUUUAUUCUGUGUUAUGAAAGAAGACCAUCCUGAAACCCAAAGAUGCGGCUCAGAGUUUGGCAGCUCAUUAACAGAUUCCUGAGUGAAUGAGGAGAAUAAAGCAAUUAACCACAGAGCUUUAGAGAGAGGACUCAGCCCAGAGACAGCAGUGAAUGAAGAGAGCUGUUGUAAACAGCUUCACCACAAACAUCAAAAAUAAACCGCCUGCACUGUCUCCAUGAAGCAGACUGGUCAGAGAAGCCUAGAAAGUUCUGAUGCUCUAUUUGUACCUUAAAAAACCUCAGGCAGAGCAUUAAGAAGACUGUUGAAAACAUUUCAAUGACUCUUACUUUUGUGAGCUUGUUGCCAUCAUUUUGCCAACAAUAAAUAAACGGUGUAUGAAUGAGUGCAAGUUCUCUAUUUUCUCCUAAAAAUAGCAGCAUCACCUGAAACCAUUUAGGACUUCUAGAAAUUUCUGGCACUAAAUCUUGGUGGGAGUACGGUGGCCCUGAGGGUCAACUGUGGGAAAUGUUUUACCCAUAUGCAAAAACAUUUUACCAAAAUGGAAAAUAUUUGACAGAAAAAAACAAACAAACAAACAAACAAACAAACAAACAAACAAACAAACAAACAAACACACACAAAAUACACAAAAUACUGCAUGAAACAUCUUUUGGAUCUGACUUUAUCUUUUAGAUUGGGAAAGACAGGCGUCUUAUAGAUGAUCUCAGCCCUUGUCUGAAAUGAUUUUGACUGAAAGGGGACAUUUUAUUGUGCCAUUGAAUAAUUUUUUGCAGAUUCAUUUUUAUUUUGCAAACCUUUUUUUGCAUCAUGACAUUUUUACCUCAAUAAAAAUAUUUUGUGUUCUCCAAAUUGCAAAGUUAUGCAAAAUAUCUUUACAUUUUUAAAAAAAUGUUUGUGUUCAUUGAAUAUUUUUGCCUCAUGAAAUGUUUGCACAGUAGACCUUAGUAUUGUGGACAUGCGUAUCUUGUAAUCAAACCCUUAUAGAGGCAAUUGGGUUCCUCCUAUCAGAAACAAUGUGGAAAAACUAAUGACCAUAAUCAGUACAUAUGAAGAUUGUAGUAUCAGAAUUUCAGACUACAAGAAAAAAAGCAAAUUUCUGUAGAAAAUUCAUACGUAACUAAAGUUUCAUUUCAAAUCGAAACACAUCUAAUAUUUGUCUAUUUAUUGUGUGUGUGUUUAGUGGGUCCCAGUGACGAUGAGGACCAGCAGGAGAAGACUCUGUCACAGGUCUAUGAUCGGCUUCCUGAGGGACGCUCUCCUCUGGACAUCCUGAGAAAGGAAGAGGAGCGUGAACGUAUCGGUAAGAGUGAGCGUACGGAGAAUGAGAGCAGCAGUUGAUGGUUAAACACAUCAGACUCCUCUCUAAAUGGACAUAUCUGUGACUCUCCUUUUCUUUUUCUCUCCUGUUUCCUGUAUCUGAUGUCCUCCUUGGUUCUUUUCCACCUCUACUUCAGGUAAAGCCCACAUCCGUCGUGCCAUCCUGGGUCACGAGGAGGCUUUGAGGAUCUACGGAUUGUGCCACCACCUGAACAAGCUGGACGUCCUGCAGGACAUCUUACGAGCCAGUCACCAGCGCUCGCUCAACAAGUGCAGUGAAAAUGAAGACGAGGAGGAGUUUGCUGACUACACAGAGGCCCCGGACAUCAUCUGUGAGUUUUAAUGUGUGAAGGGGAAAACAGCUCCAACAGAUACAAACUGUCCUGCUCCAGUUAACAGGAGACAAGAGGAUAGGAAGUAAAAAAGUAGAGUUUAUUUGCCUUACCUUGGUGGCUAUUCUUCCAGUGGUUGACAUGGAAACGAACCAGUCACUGUAGUGUCACCACAACAAACACUUGACUAAGGACACUGUUGUGGAGCAGGGCCAAUGUGCUCUUCUGAGAGGUUUGUCUCUCUGGAUUCAGUUCAUUAAAAAGCCACUGAGCUGUGUGCCACACCUGCUGAAGUCACAUGUGACAAGUGACAUUUAUUCUGGGGAUAAAUGGUGUCGUGUUUACUCUGUUGACUUCUCACCUGCCCGCCUCUCUCUCUCUUCAGGACAAGAGCUGAUAUUUGACAGUAAAUAGUGAAAAGUGAUGUCUUUGUUUCCUCUCUUCCUCUCUCCUCAGCUAAAACAGAGCACAAAUCAGAGAUGGAGGUUCCUGCUACCAUUAAGGUGAAAGUCACAGACUUCUUCCACCGGCUGGUACGUGGGUUACUAAUAUUUUUCCACUAACAUUGCUAUUUUUAUGAACAUUAUGAUUGGUCUAUUCAUGAAGUGACAUGAAAACCACUCUGGAUUUGCAUUUCAGACUUGUUCUUUCUAAAACCGUAGUGUUUUUUAUUACUUCUGAAUACAACCAACCAAGGAUGAGUCUCCUGGAAGCUUUGGCAGCUGAUCCAAACUUUUAGAUGUUUCCAAGGCCUCCUGGACUCUCAUCCAAAACAACAAACACUGAAGCUAACACUAACCGUGGACAGAGGUGCUCUGGUCCUGGGUUGGUUAUACUGGUGGUGGCUGGAAGGGGGGCAGUGGACUCCUGUUAUUCAUUUCUGUACCUUUAUCCUGCAUCUAUUUACAAGAAGAGUGAAUUAUUUCCCUGAAGCACAACAUGUAUAAGAUAUGUUUGAAAUACUAAUGAAACACAUAGAAUUUAGAAGACGAACAUAAACCAAAGCUUUCACAUAUAUUCCUCAGAUGCAUCAACUCUAUCGUUUAGCAAAUUAUGUAGAAUUAUGGAUCAUAUCAGGCAAAAAACAACUUUUCUAUUGAUUAAUCAAUCUAUUAAACUUUCUCAUCCAUGCAAUUUGGCACCAGAAUUUCUAGUUUGAUAUGUGAAUAAUGUAUUUUUAAUCUCUUUAUAAGACUCUAAGUGUAAUUUUUAAUACAGCCUUGGUUAUUGACUGCUGCUUUAAUUCUUUAAAGCUCUACUACCUUCAUGUACACAAGCACAGAUGGCAUUUGAUCAAGAAAAUGGAAGUCAGGCUGUUUAUGAUUUAAAUGGCACCAAACCAAUCAUCCACAUGUUUGGACCAAUUAUUCUUUACUCUAGAACUAACCAUCAGGGAGGCCUGAAGGCUAGGCACACUCAGGUAACCAAUGUGACAUUGUUCACCUGCAGACCCUUUUAUCCCAUGUUUAGUUGGGCUCAAGGAUUCAAGUUGUAAAAUGAUAUCUAGGUCUUCAAUAACAGUCUCAGCGAGUGAAGUACUUCCUGUACAUUCAUCAACACCUAAACUGUCAGGGAUCUGUUAGAGGGUUUUGCCCAUUUGAUAUUCUGUAUUGUAUAUUUAUGUGUAAGUUUCAUGUUAAAUGAAAAAAAUGAAGCAAUGAUUCAGUCCUGUGUUCAGCUGUAUCUAUGCUGUGCGGCUGUGACUUUACAGCUCUUUAAACACUGUUCAUCAGCAUGACUCUUUAACAGACCCAAGUGUCAUGUUCAGUGUGGAUUUAAAUGUUUUUACAUGGACCAUUUUUGUGAGAAAUAAAAAAAGGGUUAUGUGUCAUUUAUCAAGAGGUGGUACAGGCUUUAAAAUCAGACAAAAACAUCAAACAUAAACAUGGCAACUCGGAGUAAGGGAUUUUUGUGCUUUAGUUUUUAACCACCCAGCACUAUGAACCUUUUAAGUACCAGAAAAAAUCCCCUACUUGACCAAUAUAACCCUGCAGCCAUGUUUAACCCCGGCAUCCUCACACUGUGUCCUCUCAGGGCCCACUGUCAGUCUUCUCAGCCAAGCAGAGGUGGACAGCCCCCCAGACAAUACGACUCCGUCCAGAGGACAGAGACCUGGGCUUCACUCUGAAAGGAGAAUCACCUGUCCAGGUGGUUUCACUGGACCCUCUGUGCCCAGCUGCUGUGAGUACCCUCAUAUUACUCUAAAUACUCUUUAGGUGGAACAGGAAUAAACCAGAGGAAGUUUCAAAUGAUCUUGACAGAGGCAACCAGUGACAGCAGACCUCUAGACUGUACCCAUGUUUAGUCCAGAGAUGAAAGUUUUCUUUCAUUUUUGUUGAGUUGUGCUUCAGCAGAAAUGCAGUUUCACUCUAAAAAGGAUGAAGUUUCCAUGUUUGGGAGCUUAUUAAAAUUAAAAAACUGAUUUUAAUUUUUUCCAGCAUCAGUUCUUUCUCCACCAGACCUCAAAGUAAGCCCAGAACAAAAUGCUCUUAGAAGUAGAUCACUGCAAAGGAUCAUUUUGUAAAAUUAGCUCAUGUAGGACAAUCAGUGGACUGAAGUCUGAGACAUGCUUGCUUUCUGAUCCUGAAUUUCAGGGUGCAAAUGAAAGUAAUGCUCAGAAAGUCUUAGCAGGACUCAGACUGAAAGAAUGUCUGCAGCCUCUCCAUCCCCCACCAUGGCCACUCUGACUACUAAUUUAAUUAAGAAUCAGAGAGCAUUUAGUCCCUGAAUCCUUUUAAGUCUGACGGCUCAUUAAGUGGUGCUGACAAAGAGCAGACUCUUAUUCCACCCUGCAGGCUGCACAGAGAAAGAGAUUAGCAGAAUUACAGGAGUCAAACUAGGCCAAACUCUUUAUAACUUUUAAUUGUGCAUUCAGCAGGACUUAUUUUGGAUCUGACUGAUUCGCCUUUGUUGUUGACCUCUGGUCAACUUAUCAGACAGAAAUAGCUGAGCUCAUGUAGAUCAGACUGACUUCCCACAGCUACGAAAGAUCCAGCUUUGGCACACACAGACAGAUUUACACACACAUGCACACACAGACACACAUCUAUCCAUGUGCGUGCUGUAGGAAGGAUUUGUUUGUGCUCAGCCUCUGUGUUUUCUCUGCUGAUCCUGCCUGCCUCCAGGAUGUGGAGAGAAAGUAGGUGAACCUGAUUCAGCUGCCAGUCAAACAAACCCUGAACUGUAAAUAUUUGCCCAGUUAGCUGCAGUAUGAGGACAUUGCAGCAGUCUCCUCUUGAACCCGUGUUCAUCCGCGUGUCUUUUUUCCUAGGCUGACGGUCUGAAAGAGGGUGACUACAUCACUGCUGUGGGCUACACAGACUGUAAAUGGAUGGGUGUGGGCGAGGUGAUGCGGCUGCUUAAGGACGUGAAUGAGGAAGGGAUUGACAUCCAGGUUGUCAGCCUGAUGGAAAGCAACCCCCAAAUGGUACACCGUGCUCUUUUGACAUUGCAUCUAGAGAAGCCGUUCAUCUGGUUUCUUGACUGACAGAUAGUGACAGCAAAAGUAGAUUUUGUAUCAAAUGACUUGUCAGCAACGCAGGUAGAGUUUCAGAUUUGAUUCCUCAGGAGAAGUGUCCUCUGCCAGGCAAUCAGAGAGUUUCAGUUUGUGCAAUGACAUGCAGGUUUUUGGAUAUAAUUCUGAAAUUUCUAAAAAGUUGUAUAUUCUGUACUGUUUGAAUUAUUUGCCAACAGAGUCUUGAAUAUUUCUUAAAUUGUGUGUGUUUUUUUUUUUUUUAAAGAGAAAUCUUUCAUGGAUUCACAAGGCUCAUCCUAAACUGCAGAGUUGUUCUCUACUGUGUUCUUAAAUUUGUGCACACUAUGCCCUUGGAAGUUUUGGGCUGGUUUCAGCCCAGGACCCCCAGAAUUAUGAACCCAGAAACUUACAACCCUCACUGUCCCAUGACUUUGAUAAAUGUUUCUUACUGCAGGCAAAGCAGAAAACUAAUGACACUUGUUUUAGCAUGGUUUUGUGGGUAAUGAAGCUACAUUGUAUUUGUUUGUUAGUUACACCAAUCAGAAAAAAAAGAAAUAAAAUUAUUAAUGCUUUGAAAGGCAUUAUAUACUACAGUAUAUUAGUCUAAUAUAUAAUGUUUCAUUAGUUUGAAAAAGGUGAUGGUGAUCUGGCUCUGACCUUUUAAGAUUCAGAUUUAGAAAGUCAAACAUCAGACAGAAAAUUAUUGUUUGUGUGGCUCGACAAAACAUAUUAUAUAUGAGCUCAUGAGAACUGACACAUUUUUUUUAACCUUUUUAGUUCAAGAAUUUAAUUUUGCAUUUAGCAGAUUAGUCCAAACAUUGCACCGCUUUGUUUAGACAUGCCAGCUCUUAAAUGUGUGACAGAAUAUUUUUCGUGUCAUAAACUUUGCGCUAAGCUGAGAGGUCAGCUCAGAUGGGAUAGCUUUUGGGGAAUCAGUACCCUCUAGGAAACUGUAAUUAUUGUCCCCACAUCGUAGUCCAGCCUGAUAGAAUGACUUAUCUUUGUGCCAACUUAGUGAUCAUAGUUAUUGUGUCCUGAGCAGCCUAAUCUUCUAACACCAACCACUUCCUGUCAUUAAAUCUACCUCGCUAUCUCUCUCCAGCCUACCAAGAGCGCCACCUUCUGUGGAAACCUGCCUAAAACCUACUCUAUGAUCUGUCUGGCCCACGAUGACGAUGAAAAGAAGUCCCGCAAAGUGACCAAGAAGUCGUCCUUCAUCAGCUGGGGUCUGAAGAACAAGCUAAAGAGUGCCAGCACUCUCAGCCUCCCCACGGCUGAUCACUCUGGAGCUCUUCCCUGGAACAAACCCACCCCCACCUUCCCCAGCUCCAGCUCCUACAACAACGACAGUGCCCUCUACUGA